AUGGGAAUAGUCUUUUCAACUUGUAGAGUGAGCAAAACCAUCAAGUCCAGAUUGGAAUUUGAUGAUGAACUAUUUGUUCAGGAUGUAGAACCUUUAAAAUAUUACCUACCGAAUUUUAUAGGAGACACAGAUUUAAUGGUGAUAUUUCAUUUUCUUGGUCGAUAUCUUUUUCAAAGCAAUUUUAACGCUCCGAUUGAAGAAAGAUUAUCUAGUGAACAAUGCAAAAUCUUAGAUGUGUGCUGCGGGGCGGGAACUUGGUUAUUAGAUAUGGCUUCAGCUUAUGGUUCAUCGAAAUUUUUUGGAAUUGAUUUGUGUACGGUAUUUCCAACAGCAAUUAAACCGGAUAAUGUGCAAUUUGUACAAGGCGAUGUUUUGACGGGACUUCCAUUCGAUGAUAAUACAUUUGAUUACGUUCAUCAAGGACACAUGUUAGAUGUAUAUACAAUGGAUCAAUGGCAUUUUAUUAUAACGGAAAUAAUUAGAGUGUGUAAACCAGGCGGAUACAUAGAAUUCAUUGAACCAGAAUUGGCAACUAAUACUGGUCCAAUACUUUCAAAAUUCUAUGAUGCAUUGGUCAAAUUAAGCGAAACCCGUAAUGUGAACAUACGAAUGUAUGAUAAUCUUAUUAGGAUCUUGAACUCAACACCAUCAGUGCAAAAUGUUGAAUCUAAAAAAGAAGUUAUUUCAUUGGGUUCAGGAUGCUGUGGCUAUGAAUAUUUGGAGAUACACGAUGAAUUUUUCUUAAGCGUUCCUAUGCCCGAAAUUUUGUCUAAAUUUAUGGGAAUAUCGGAAAGAGACUAUUUAGAAUUAUUUAAAAAGGUUAAAAAUGAAAUUAGGAGUGGUAUUUCACCUGAUUCGUUAUUAAAAUUGCAUUCACGUUAUUCAAAAAUUACGGCCAAAUAUUUUGAUACUCAUUAG